UAUUUAAGGAGUGUCCAUAAGGAGAGCUCCACCUCCUGGAGGAUUUAAGCCUAACAGUACUGAGCUAUUUGCCUGUCAAAAUGUCUACAAAAUUGGGAAAGUCAUCAUCACUCCUAACACAAACUUCAGAAGAAUGUGUUGGGAUUCUGACAGUGAAGAUGGAAGAGGAAAAGCAGACCUGUGAUCUGGACUCUAUCCUCCACUGGAGCAACAGCUACAGCCCAGAGACCUUCUGCCAGCAGUUCAGGCAGUUUGGCUACCAGGAUUCACUUGGGCUCCGGGAGGCUCUUAGACAGCUCUGGGAACUUUGUCAUCUCUGGCUGAGGCUGGAGGUGCACACCAAAGAGCAGAUCCUGGAGCUGCUGGUGCUGGAGCAGUUCCUGGCCAUCCUUCCAAAAGAACUGCAGGCCUGGGUGCAGAACCGUCAUCCAGAGAAUGGAGAGGAAGCUGUGACUAUGCUGGAGGGUGUGGAAAGAGAGCUUGAUGGACCAGAGCAGAUAAGAAGGAUGCCUGUCUUUUAUGGACAAAGGAAGGACAUGAUUGCAGAGAAGCUAGCACCUUCAGAAAUCACUGAGGAAUUGCCAAGUAGCCAACUCAUGCCUGUGAAGAAGUAGCUCCACGGAGCGUCAUGGGAGCCUCAGUCCUUAAGACCACAUGAUGAAGACAUCAAAACUAUAAUUGUGAAAUCUGUUUCAAGGCAAAAGACUUCUUCAGGCAUAGAACUGCAUUACGAUGCUUCCAACAGCCUUCAUAUGAAUGCCUCCCAGAGUUCCACAUAUAGAAGAACUUACGAACGUGGUAAGUUUGCAAGAAGACAAGGAAAUCCUUCUCAGAAAAAAUAAUACAAAUGCGAUGAAUGUGGCAAAAUCUUUAGUCAGAGUUCAGCCCUUAUUUUACAUCAGAGAAUCCACAGUGGAGAAAAACCUUAUGCGUGUGACGAGUGUGCAAAGGCGUUCAGCCGAAGCUCGAUUCUGAUUCAGCAUUGAAGAACCCACACUGAUUCAAAAUAUGAACAUAGGAUUGCAGAGGCCCAAAAGAAUUUGUACUUCAAGACUAGGCUGACGUGUUUCAGGUCACUUUCAGGAGGCAGAUAA